CUGGUAUCGAUCGGCGAGACUAUGACGUUGAACUUUUCCUCCCCACUUCUCCGCUGUUCCGGCUACCUACAUCACCAUUCCUCCCCACCACCUCCGCCAACCACCACCCACUCUCCACAUCCACCACAUCCACCGUAUCCACCAUGUCGUCCAACUACUCCGUCUCCAGCACGACCACCCUCUCCAACGGCCUCCCCAUUCCCUUAAUCCACCUCGGCGUCUACGAGUCCGAGGGGCCCGCAUGCGUAUCCGCGGUAGUCUCCGCUUUGACCCUGGGCUACCGCGGCAUCGACUCGGCGGAAUGGUACGAGAACGAGUCUCUAUGUGGGGACGGUAUCCGGUCGUUCCUAUCCUCGCACCCGCAGCACUCGCGCGAGGAGAUAUUCUACACCACGAAGCUGCGCGAUAACGGCGGGUAUGAGCAUACCAAACAGGCGAUACGCAAGAGUCUAAGCGAGUGUGGGCUGGGUUAUAUUGAUAUGUACCUACUACAUGCGCCGUAUGGGGGGAAACAAGUGAGGAGGGAGUGUUGGCGUGCGGUUGAGGAGGCGGUCAAAGAGGGGUUGGUCAGGACCGCGGGGGUGUCGAAUUUUGGGGUCGGGCAUUUGCGCGAACUCAUAGCGGCGCCAGACCUUGCACUCCGGCCGGCGGUCAACCAGAUCGAGCUGCACCCGUUCAACACGCAGCGGGAGAUCGUCGAGUUCUGCCGGGCGGAGGGGAUCGUGAUCGAGGCGUACUCGCCGCUCGUGCGCGGGCUCAGGUUUGAGCAUCCGGUGAUCGUCGAGUUGAGCAAGAAGUAUGGCUGCUCGCCCGCGCAGCUGCUGGUGCGCUGGGGCCUGCAGAAUGGAUUCGUCGUCCUGCCAAAGAGUACUAAGCAGGAGCGCAUCAAGGAGAAUGCCGAGGUGGCCGGGUUUGAGAUCUCGCAAGAGGACAUGGAUAGGCUUGCGAACUGCCAUGAGAAGUUGGUUACUGAUUGGGAUCCGACGGAUUGCGAGUAGUGGAUGGGAUGGAUGAGGUGGAUUAGGCGAGUGACGGUUGUUUGUACAUACUCUUCCUCUUCACAAGUAGCUCUAUCUACAUGUCUACGUCCGCAACAGUGUCCGCAACAGUGACUACACCAGUGUCCGCACCAGUGUCCGCAACAGUGUCCGCAACAGUG